ACGGCUCCCGGGGGCGAGAGCGGACGGCUCAGCCGCCGCCAACCCCGAGGUCGCAAUUGGCUGUGUUCGCCCCCGCCCCAGCUCUGAUUGGACGAAGCGCGACCCGGACCCCGCCUACGCUCCCGAGUUCCGUUAGCAGGCAUCCUACUCUCUCCGCCUCUCCGGUCGCUUGGUUUUUGUCUCAAGACGCAGCGUGAUGACGUAUUCCCCGACAUUCCACAUGCAAAAUGGCCGCGGUCGGCAAGGAGAGACGUCGCUAAGGGGCUUGCCUGAAAAGAGGGCAUGGAGCUUUUGGAGAAUGUCUUUAUUCUGAAUGAAAGAAAGGGAAGAGGAUGAAAAAGCAAGAGCAGUUCCUUCUCUCAUGGACCACUUCCGUCCACCCACUCCCAGAUCACGGUGUGAACAUUUGGUUCACAUCACUGAACUCAGUGAUUUGUGCAGAUGUGAAUUGACUCAAUCCCAUGGCUUGUCCAAGUGAAAGUGCCUACAUGGAAUAAACUGAAAAGGAGUGCUGGAUUGAAGAGAUGGUUAAUUUUGGAACAUAAAUCUUUGCAAAGAUUAAGACAGGCCUGGGUUUUACUGAAGAAAGGAAUCUGGACCAUCGUUAGAGGACCUGUGUGUCUAGUGAAGAAAAACCAGAAGAAAGUGAGAUGAUUCUAACAUUUUCAGAAAACCUUUUGGAAAGAACAAGUCUACUUCAAUAAAUGAAGGAGAAUAAAGAAAAUUCAAGCCCUUCAGUAACUUCAGCAAACCUGGACCACACAAAACCAUGUUGGUACUGGGAUAAGAAAGACUUGGCUCAUACACCCUCACAGCUUGAAGGACUUGACCCAGCCACUGAGGCCCGGUACCGCCGAGAGGGCGCUCGGUUCAUCUUUGAUGUGGGCACACGUUUGGGGCUACACUAUGAUACCCUGGCAACUGGAAUAAUUUAUUUUCAUCGCUUCUAUAUGUUUCAUUCUUUCAAGCAAUUCCCAAGAUAUGUGACAGGAGCCUGUUGCCUCUUUCUGGCUGGGAAAGUAGAAGAAACACCAAAAAAAUGUAAAGAUAUCAUCAAAACAGCUCGUAGUUUAUUAAAUGAUGUACAGUUUGGCCAGUUUGGAGAUGACCCAAAGGAGGAAGUAAUGGUUCUGGAGAGAAUCUUACUGCAGACCAUCAAGUUUGACCUACAGGUGGAACAUCCGUACCAGUUCCUACUCAAAUAUGCAAAGCAACUCAAAGGUGAUAAAAACAAAAUUCAAAAGUUGGUUCAAAUGGCAUGGACAUUUGUAAAUGACAGUCUCUGCACCACCUUGUCACUGCAGUGGGAACCAGAGAUCAUAGCGGUAGCAGUGAUGUAUCUCGCAGGACGUUUGUGCAAAUUCGAAAUACAAGAAUGGACCUCGAAACCCAUGUAUAGGAGAUGGUGGGAGCAGUUUGUUCAAGAUGUCCCAGUCGACGUUUUGGAAGACAUAUGCCACCAAAUCCUGGACCUUUACUCACAAGGAAAACAACAGAUGCCUCAUCACACCCCCCAUCAGCUGCAACAGCCCCCAUCUCUUCAGCCUACACCACAAGUGCCGCAAGUACAACAGUCACAACCGUCUCAAGGCUCCGAACCAUCCCAGCCCCAGCAGAAGGACCCCCAGCAACCAGCCCAGCAGCAGCAGCCAGCCCAGCAGCCCAAGAAACCCUCUCCACAGCCUAGUUCUCCCCGACAGGUUAAGCGAGCCGUGGUUGUGUCUCCCAAAGAAGAGAACAAAGCAGCAGAGACAGGUUUUCCUCACGUUAGCCAGGCUGAUCUUGAACCCCUGACCUCAGGUGAUCCGCCUGCCUCAACCUCUCGAAGUGCUGGGAUUACAGGCAUGAGCCACCGCUCCCGGCCUACAGAACCACCACCACCUAAAAUUCCCAAGAUUGAGACCACUCACCCACCAUUGCCUCCAGCCCACCCACCUCCAGACCGGAAGCCUCCCCUCGCUGCUGCCUUAGGUGAGGCUGAGCCACCAGGCCCUGUGGAUGCCACUGACCUCCCCAAAGUCCAGAUUCCUCCUCCGGCCCACCCGGCUCCUGUGCACCAGCCACCACCGCUGCCACACCGGCCCCCGCCCCCACCCCCCUCCAGCUACAUAACCGGGAUGUCCACCACCAGCUCCUAUAUGUCUGGAGAGGGCUACCAGAGCCUGCAGUCCAUGAUGAAGGCCGAGGGGCCCUCCUAUGGUGCCCUGCCCCCCGCCUACGGCCCGCCUGCACACCUGCCCUACCACCCCCAUGUCUACCCACCCAACCCACCUCCGCCACCUGUGCCUCCUCCCCCGGCCUCCUUCCCCCCACCUGCCAUCCCACCUCCUACUCCUGGCUACCCCCCACCCCCACCCACCUAUAACCCCAACUUCCCACCCCCACCCCCACGCCUGCCCCCUACCCACGCAGUCCCCCCUCACCCUCCUCCAGGCUUGGGCCUGCCACCAGCCAGCUACCCACCUCCUGCUGUGCCCCCUGGAGGACAGCCCCCUGUGCCCCCGCCCAUUCCCCCACCGGGCAUGCCUCCAGUUGGGGGGCUGGGGCGGGCAGCCUGGAUGAGAUAACGUGAGCCUCUUUUCUUUUUUUUUUUUUUUUUUAAAAAAAAAACAAGUUUUUGUAAUCGACUUGCAGAGUAGUUGAAGUGGGGAAGCAGCAGGGUACCUUGUAUAAUGCGUGACCAUUGCAGUAUGGGAGGAAUGGACCAGGCCCCUGGGAUAGAAUCGGGGUGGUCCUCAUCUGGAGGACAGGGACAGCCAGCUUUCAGAGUAGCCUCAUCAGUGCCCUUGCAGUCUGACCAUGUGCACUCAGUUCAGCUCACGUCUGGGAGCCCUGCGCUGGGUUACUCUGUACUAGGGAAGAUGCUAACCAGCCAUAUUGGCUCAAUAAAUAGUUUCGGUAAGGAGUUAGUUUCCUUCUAGAAAUCAGUGCCUACUUUUCCUGGAAACUCAAUUUUUAAUAGUCCAAUUCCAUCUGAAGUCAAGCUGUUGUCAUUUUCAUUCAAUAACGUUCUCUCCCAUGACACCCAGAAGGGUCAGAGGAACCACAUUUUCAUUUAUAGAUGUUUAUUAAAAUUGUUUCGAAGGGGUUGCCUGUUGGAUGGCUUUUUUCUCUUUCCUCCAGGGAGAAGGGGAGAAAUGUAUUUGGAAAGUAAUGUAUGUUUACAUCUAUUUGCAAAUUCCUGUACAUAGAGAUAUAUUUUUUAAGUGUCAAUGCAACAACAUACUGUGAAUUCCAUCUUGGUUACAAAUGAGACUCCUUCAGUCAGUUAUCCAAAUAAAAGCAGUUCUGAAACUA